AGGAAGUUACAAACGACGACCAUAGCGUGGAUCGGCCCAAAUAUACGUAUGGCGCAUUAAUUAUGAUGGCGAUAAAAGCGAGCCCCAAUGGGCGGUUAACACUCGCCGAAAUAUAUGAAUAUAUAACAAACAACUACGAGUAUUACAGGACAUGCAAAACAGAUUGGCAAAAUGCUAUUCGUAACAAUUUGAGUAUGAGUGAACAUUUUAUCAGAAUGCCUCGUGAAUACGACGAUCCUGGACGGGGAGGCUAUUGGACCUUAGCACCACAAUAUGGACAAUUGUUCGUUGGAGAUGAUACAGGGAGAUUGCGCCAACCUCCAGUUCUUCCGAUACCCUGCCAUUUAGUUCCCGGACCUGCAAUACAAGGUAUGGCGCACCAAUAUGUAAAUUGUAGUAUACCCGGGUGCAUGUGCUAUCAAAUGCCGGGACCCAUCCCACAAGCGCAACAAAUGUAUGUUAAUAUGCAGCAAAUGUAGCAAGUGUUGAUGAAAUGUCAAAUCUAGAAUAUUUAUGAAAAAAAAAAUAGUUAAGGAUAGAUAUAAGGUAGAACUAUUUAAAAGUAAGCAAAGA